UCCAUACAUCAGUGCAUGAUUUCUGAACUGCAUUCUAAGUCAAAGACAUGGAAGCAUCCACUUACAUACUUAUUUUGGUUUUGCUUUUUCAACAGUUACAUCGCAAACCAGCCAAAUUUGGAAAGUAUCAAUGACAAUGAAGUUGGAUUUUAUGUUGGACUUAAAAAUCUGACCGUGGUGGAUUCAGGCCUAAGAUUCGUGUCCCGUCAUGCUUUUGUGAAAAAUGUGAACUUACAAUACAUAAAUUUAUCCAGAAACAAGCUCUCAAGUUUGUCCAAGAAGCCUUUUCGCCAUCUGGGUUUGUCUGAUCUGAUAUUGGGUGACAAUCCAUUCAAGUGUUCCUGUGAAAUCAUGUGGAUCAAGAAAUUUCAAGAGACCAAGUUUUACACAGAAACUCAGGACUUAUAUUGCAUAGAUGACAACAAUAAGAGGACAGCCCUGCUGGAUAUGAAGGUCCCGAACUGCGACUUGCCCUCAGCAAACUUAAGCAAUUACAACAUCACGGUGGUGGAAGGGAAGAGCAUCACGCUGUACUGUGAUACUACUGGUGGGCCACCCCCAAAUGUGUCCUGGGUGGUAACUAAUCUUGUUUCAAACCAUGAGAGUGACACAAAUAAGAACCCUGCCUCACUCACCAUCAAGAAUGUUUCUUCAAUGGACAGUGGACUGGAGAUUUCCUGUGUAGCAGAGAACAUUGUGGGAGAGGACCAAGCCUCUGCCGAGCUUACGGUAUUCUUUGCACCAAAUAUCACAUUUAUUGAGUCUCCGACCCCGGACCACCACUGGUGUAUUCCAUUCACUGUGAAAGGGAACCCUAAGCCCACAUUGCAGUGGUUCUAUGAAGGAGCUGUUCUGAAUGAGUCUGAAUACAUCUGUACUAAAAUACACGUUAUCAAUCAAAGUGAAUACCAUGGCUGCCUUCAGCUGGACAAUCCUACACACCUGAACAAUGGUGCUUAUACCUUACUGGCAAAGAAUGAUUAUGGAGAGGAUGAAAAACGGGUUGAUGCUCAUUUCAUGUCAGUGCCUGGAGAUGGUAGUGGCCCAAUUUUGGAUCCAGACGUUUAUGAGUAUGAAACCACACCUAAUGAUCUUGGAGAUGCCACAAAUAACAGUAAUCAAAUCACUUCAACGGAUGUUUCCAACAAAGAGAAUGAAGAUAGCAUCACUGUGUACGUUGUGGUGGGAAUUGCAGCACUGGUGUGCACUGGAUUAGUAAUAACCCUCAUUAUUCUGAAGUUUGGAAGACACUCUAAGUUUGGGAUGAAAGGUCCUUCUUCAGUCAUCAGCAAUGACGACGAUUCAGCCAGUCCCCUCCACCACAUUUCAAACGGCAGUAACACUCCAUCUUCUUCUGAGGGGGGUCCUGAUGCAGUCAUCAUUGGGAUGACGAAGAUUCCUGUCAUCGAAAAUCCACAGUAUUUUGGAAUUACCAACAGUCAACUCAAGCCAGACACCUUUGUGCAUCACAUCAAGCGCCACAAUAUCGUACUUAAAAGAGAACUGGGAGAAGGAGCCUUUGGGAAGGUCUUUUUGGCAGAAUGCUAUAACCUGUGUCCUGAGCAGGGCAAGAUCUUGGUUGCAGUGAAGACACUGAAGGAUGCCAGUGACAAUGCCCGCAAGGACUUCCACCGUGAGGCAGAACUGCUAACUAACCUGCAACAUGAGCACAUUGUCAAAUUCUAUGGUGUCUGUGUUGAGGGUGAUCCACUCAUCAUGGUCUUUGAGUAUAUGAAGCAUGGAGAUCUUAACAAAUUCCUCAGGGCACAUGGACCUGAUGCAGGACUGAUGGCAGAAGGCAACCGUCCUGCUGAGCUGACCCAAUCCCAGAUGCUUCACAUUGCCCAGCAGAUUGCUUCUGGUAUGGUUUACCUGGCAUCGCAGCACUUCGUGCAUCGGGAUCUUGCUACCCGGAAUUGUCUGGUUGGUGAAAACCUGCUGGUGAAGAUUGGGGAUUUUGGGAUGUCUAGAGAUGUGUACAGCACAGACUACUAUCGGGUUGGGGGUCACACCAUGCUGCCCAUUCGUUGGAUGCCUCCAGAGAGUAUAAUGUACAGGAAGUUCACCACAGAAAGUGAUGUCUGGAGCCUGGGGGUUGUAUUAUGGGAAAUCUUUACUUAUGGCAAACAGCCAUGGUAUCAGCUCUCAAACAAUGAGGUGAUUGAGUGCAUCACUCAGGGCCGAGUCCUGCAGCGACCUCGCACGUGCCCGAAGGAAGUGUAUGACUUGAUGCUGGGCUGUUGGCAACGGGAGCCUCACAUGAGGCUCAACAUCAAGGAAAUCCACUCCCUCCUUCAGAACUUGGCCAAGGCAUCUCCAGUCUACUUGGAUAUUUUAGGCUAAAGUCUCCUAGCAUUUCUUCUUCUGGGCUGCGGGAAUGAAUGUGUUCAACUGCCGCUGAACUACAUUAAAAUGUGUUCUUAACUUUGACAGUAUUAAUGACAAAGUUGUGGAGAAGCUUUCAAAGGGCAAGCAAUGUGCGCUUCUCCAUCUGUAGACACAGUAUUGACUUUUUAGACAUUACCAAGAAGUAUCUUCUCUCUUUCUCUCAGUUUCUAUCUUUUUUUUCCUUCUCUCCUGUCUUUCUAAUCAAUUUGGCUUCUGCAUUAUUGUAACUCUGCAUAGACAAAGGCCUUAAAAACCCAAUCUGUUAUAUCAGCAGACUCCUCAGUUUGCCCACCACAACUAACAAUGCCUUGUUGUAUUCAUGCCUUUGAUGUGGAUGAAAAAAAGGGAAAAAUAUAUUUGACUAAAACUUUGUGAUUUCUGCUGUAUAGCUACUGGGAGUUUCUAUGGAUUCACCUCAUUUUUUUUUUGCUUCAGCCUGUGGGUGGAAAAAGAAGGCUGGUGUUCUCUACAUGAAGAAUGUCCUUUGCAGAGAUAAAUCCAGAUAGAAAGAAGACACUUGUAUGAUACACUAUCUGGAGGAACUUGGGAAAUCAGGGGGCAUCCAACCCUACAAGACCCACUUCACACUGAAGUGAUUUGAUGGAAGAUAAAAGGGGGUCUAGCUAUUUCCCUGAAGAGUCUGAGGACUAAAGGGAUUGUUUAAGGAGGUGCUUUGCCAGCACCAUUCAUUGCCAGAAUCAAGUAAAACAUAAAAAAGAUUCUGCUUGCACUGCACGCAAUUGUGUUACAACAUGAUAAACUAAACAGAUGCCCUUUUUUUGUCUUCUGGUAGGAUAUUGUCAUGCCACUGGUGUAAAAAUAUUCUCCAGGUAGUCUUUUUUAGUAAAGGCUGAAGCUAGGUUUAGUUACAUAAAAUAUUAAUCUCAAGAUCACAUGUUGAAACUAAGGAUUUUGAUAGGACAAGCUAUAAAUGCUGAGGCAGGUGUAUCUUAUACCGUGCUUGUCCAGCAGCAUAUUCCUUCCUUCCUCAAUCCUUUCUUUUUCCUUUUUUGAACCGUGCAAGCAAAACUGUGCAUGGUCUUUGUCAAUUAAUGCCCUUUGUGCAGAAACAAUCACUCAUCUUGUAGUACACCCUAGUAGGCAUAGCAAACUCAUAAUGAUAUAUUGUAUAUUUCAUUAGAAGGGGCUAAUGGAGGACAUUAGCCACGUUAAAAUGCCUUUACAAUGUUAUAGAUAUUAUAGGCUGAUAUAACAUGAAUAAUCUAAAGCACGGAGAUCACUGGUUAUGUUUGAGACAUAGCAGGGGAUAAAGAUCUCUAUAGAAAACAAAUUACUCUGUGGUUAUGGCUUGCUAUUCAGAGUGCAAAAAUUCUGAGCUCAGCGUCAUUUUUGUAUUGGUACUAUUGCUGUCAUAACCAACAUACACACUUUAUUAAAUAAUUUAUUUUUGGUUGGAUUGGCAUUGUAUGUGUAUAACAUUUGCAUGGCCACUGUGUUGAUGACCGCUGCAUGGACAUACAUGUUGUUUUUCAAACUAGAAGUUGACAAUUUGAAAUUUAGAGCUAGGAUUAUUUUUAAUAUGAAUUCUUACAAAUGAAAACCUACCUUACCUAUUCCUCAAGACUUCUGCCUCCCUCUGUGAGGGGGCGUUAUUGCAAAAAAAAGUGAUCUUUCUUUCCAUUUUCUCUUUUUAUUAUUUCUUAUUGAUAUGAGCCAGAUCAAAAUAGUCCAUCUUCGUGUUGGGGAUAUUUUAUUUAAUAAAUUAAGCAUUUUAUUUUUGUAAGUGUUCCCAUAGCACAUUUAAUAUAUCAUUUGCUCGCAUGUAUUAUUUAUUGAGGCACUUUAAGUUUUUCCUUCCAAAAGCUUUUAAAGCUAGCUUAUAAAAAUUCUGAACAUUUUCAGAAGAAAAGAGUUCACUGGACACUGAUGAAGUUCUACCCUUCUCAAUGUCAUUGAAAAGGCAGCAUUACAAAUAAACAUGACAGUGUAACUAUAAAGCCAUACUCAAUAUUUCUUUAAUAAACUAGAUGUUAUUUCUUAACUGCUACUGAACUGGAAACUCGUAAAAAGCCAGAGGAAGAUUCCUACAAAAUGGGCCUUAAGAUUUUAUCUAGACUGUCUUGGAAGUUCUCACAGAAAACUAGAAAAAGACUGAGCAUCCAGUGAAACCCAUUCUCUUGAGAAUAUGAAUGUUAUAUUUUAAAGGAAUUUGAAAUUGAUCUUCAAAAUAACAGUGGUGGAAAAGAAAGACAUCAGAGUCCUCUUAUUGUGCAGUGGGAAGAGGGUGCAGUUGGUGGAGGGGGCUGCUAAGUUUCUACCUGCAUAUUCUGUCUUAGUUUCUUCUGAGGUGAAGAAAAAGGCAUCUGAGAUGAUGCUUUUACUGUAGAAGAGUCUCCAGCCCUAAAGCAAGCAGGUGUGUUUUGCAAGCACUGAAAGAAUGUAUACCAAAAAUAACCACAGGACCCUGAAAAUGUACUUAGUGGCAUCUUCUUUUUAAUUUGCUAGUGAGACUUUUAGAGUCAUUUCAGAGAAUAAAUAGUAUUAAAAUGCGUUGUGCAAUAACAUAGCAGUUUGUUAAAUUUCUAAAGGACCAAAUGUUCUACAGAGCCACCACCAUGGAUAACCUUGACCUAUAUCAUUUAUGUUCUUGAUAGUGCAUAAAAUGUAUAAUCACAGUAGAAAAGCUGUAAACUGUAGCUAUACAUAGUUUGCGUUUGUUCCUGAAAAGGUGGGUAAGUGUAGCAGAGUGAGCAGAGAAAAGG